AUGCGGGACUACGACGAAGUGACCGCCUUCCUGGGCGAGUGGGGGCCCUUUCAGCGCCUCAUCUUCUUCCUGCUCAGCGCCAGCAUCAUCCCCAACGGCUUCAAUGGCCUGUCGUCCGUGUUCUUUACGGCGACCCCGGAACACCACUGCCGGGUGCCGGACACCGCGAACCUGAGCAGCGCAUGGCGCAACCACAGUGUCCCCGUGCGGCUGCAGGACGGCCGCGAGGUGCCUCAGAGCUGCCGCCGCUACCGACUCGCCACGAUCGUCAACUUCUCGGCGCUCGGGCUGGAGCCCGGGCGCGAUGUGGACCUGGAGCAGCUGGAGCAGGAGGGCUGCCUGGAUGGCUGGGAGUUCAGCCAGGACAUCUACCUGUCCACCAUCGUCACCGAGUGGAACCUGGUGUGUAAGGAUGACUGGAAGGCCCCGCUCACAAUCUCCUUGUUUUUCGUGGGUGUGCUGAUGGGCUCCUUCAUUUCGGGUCAGCUCUCAGACAGGUUUGGUCGGAAGAACGUGCUGUUUGUGACGAUGGGCAUGCAGACAGGCUUCAGCUUCCUGCAGAUCUUCUCGAAGAACUUUGAGAUGUUUACCGUGCUGUUUUUCCUUGUAGGCAUGGGCCAGAUCUCCAACUAUGUGGCAGCAUUUGUCCUGGGAACAGAAAUUCUUGGCAAGUCAGUUCGUAUUAUAUUCUCUACGUUAGGCGUGUGCAUAUUUUAUGCAUUUGGCUACAUGCUGCUGCCACUGUUUGCUUACUUCAUCAGAGACUGGCGGAUGCUGCUGCUGGCACUGACGGUGCCGGGGGUGCUGUGUGCAGCGCUGUGGUGGUUCAUCCCUGAGUCCCCCCGAUGGCUCAUCUCUCAGGGACGAUUUCAGGAGGCAGAGGUGAUCAUCCGUAGGGCUGCCAAAACCAAUGGGAUCAUUGCACCUUCAACCAUCUUUGACUCCAAUGAGCUACAAGACCUAAGCUCCAAGAAGCAGCAGUCCCACAGCAUCCUGGAUCUGGUUCGAACCCGGAACAUCCGGAUGAUCACCGUCAUGUCCAUAAUUCUGUGGCUGACCAUAUCAGUGGGCUACUUCGGGCUCUCCCUUGACACCCCUAACUUGCAUGGGGACGUCUAUCUGAACUGCUUCCUUUCGGCCGUGGUUGAAGUCCCAGCGUAUGUGUUGGCCUGGCUGCUGCUGCGGCACCUGCCCCGACGAUACUCCAUGGCCACUGCCCUCUUCCUAGGUGGCAGCGUUCUUCUCUUCGUGCAGCUCGUGCCCCCAGAGCUGUAUUACUUGGCUACAGUCCUGGUGAUGGUGGGUAAGUUUGGAGUCACAGCUGCCUUUUCCAUGGUCUACGUGUACACGGCCGAGCUGUACCCCACAGUGGUCAGGAACAUGGGCGUGGGAGUCAGCUCCACAGCAUCCCGCCUGGGCAGCAUCCUGUCUCCCUACUUCGUUUACCUUGGUGCCUACGACCGCUUCCUGCCCUACAUUCUCAUGGGGAGUCUGACCAUCCUGACAGCCAUCCUCACCUUGUUCCUCCCAGAGACCUUUGGCACUCCACUCCCAGAUACCAUUGACCAGAUGCUAAGGGUCAAAGGAAUAAAAUACAGACAGACUCCAAGCCACACAAGGAUGUUAAAGGAUGGUGAAGAAAGCCCCACAGUCCUUAAAAGCACAUCCUUCUAACACAACCUCCAGUGAGAAAGUGAAGAGGAAAGACUUUCUUAUCAGAAGUGGCUUGUGCAGACACUGGUCCUUCAGUGGCAAAGGUCUUUGCUGUUGAUUCCAUGGAUGCUGUGUCUGCCUUGCUCAUGGAUGGACACCCAAACUCAGCUGCUUAUGGUCCUAGACACUACCUUUCUCCAGGGACUCUGGCUACUGAUAGACAACUUAGGAUAAAUCCUAACCAUUACAGUGAUGGACUUGGCACUUCCUAAGAUGUUAACCACUAACUGGAACCAGUAGGAUCUGAACAAAAUAGGAGAGGCCUUUGUUAAAUUUACAUUUUAAUUUCAGACAGCCUAAAAAGGCCUCUGAUAGACCUGAGGGUCUAGUCCUCCCCUCCCCAACCCCCACCCCGCGAAACAUCUUUUCCCCGUUUCCCUCUAAUGGUGCCCUUUAGAGGAAGAGAAGUAAUUUCACAGGAAGUUUGGUUUCUCAUACUUUCUCAGUUACAAAGGAUAUUGUUGCUUCCCCAGGGCAGGAGAACACAGGUCUGGGGAAAGCUAGAAGAAUUUAACAUGGAGGAAACUGAGCAGGUACAGAACAUAGACAAGUGCUUUGACGCACGAGCACUUAGGCCACUCAGACAGACUACUGGGUAGACUCGUUUACAUCUGAUCGAAGCACUGGGCUUGUCUGGGCCCACAGAGAUGCAUCACCGAAGCUACUAUACGUGUUUUCCACUGCUGUGUGAAUCAGGUCUCCUAGCUACUAUGGUUUCUAACAUAUGGUUUGAAGGAAGUAAAUCAGUGAAAGAGACAAGCAAACUUGUCUCUUCUCCCAAAACUAUAAUGUGGAUUUUGAUUGUUUGUGUUUUAUUUGUUGGUUGUUUGUUGUUAUGCCUUUUUUCUCCUUAAGUUAUUUGCCCUUCAGAAUAGACUUAGGAAAGGCUGGCUCCUCAGCCUCCUGGUUUUGUCUUUUGUUUCAUGGUUUGUUCGUUUCAUCUCAGAAUCACUCUGGCAACGGUUUGCAGUUGCCACCUCUGCAAGGCCUCGCCAGCCUUAGCUAUACUAGCACUUCUCUGAGUGCCAAAAAUUAUGUCAUUGUAUGUGUUCCUUUUGUGAUACUUAAUCAUGGGGAAAAAAUUACAAAGAAGAAAGUUAAGUUGUGCUCACAGUCUUUCAGAGUUGCUCGCUUAAGUGGUUUAACACUGGGAGAUACUCUGUGUUCAAUGUAAAAUUGUCUUCUCUUUUCUGAAUAUGUUACCAUGGUACUCCUAGAGCAUAUGCUUCACCUGGUUUAAAAAAAAAAAAGUAUUUUUGUGAAAGCUACUGAAGUGC